UCUCUUCCAGAGCCCCCCCCGGAAACGUGAGUGACAACUCAAAGGUUCCGCAAAGCGAAAGUGGCUUGAAUAUAGGAGACCGCUUAGCCCGUGGCAGAGUGGGUCAGUUGCUUUAAGCCUCUUGAAGUCCGAGUUUAAGAACUAACUCCUUCGCCCAGAGAUUCUGAUACCCACUUUCCCAAAUAUAUGCUAUUUUUUCGUUGCAUCUUAAGAGAAGAUUAAGUGAGAACUCUUCUUUGCAGAUAUUAUAGAAAGCAGUAGUCAAAAGAUCACGAGACCAAGCUGUUCAAGUCACUUUCAGAAAACGGAUUUACUGUGGUACCGCGCAGUUAUUCUAGGAUCCAAAACAUUCAGUUCCCACCAGUUUGUAGAUCUCUAGAGACCCAAGGUUUAUUUUCCUGACUCUGCCAAGCAAACUGUUUGCAGGCAGAGACCCAGACCGGGAAAGAGGAGAGGAGGAGAUUCUGAUAAAGUCCCCUAGAUCCCUCUAUACCGUAGGAAACAAAGUUUUGCUUCUAUGUGGGGCUGUGUCCCUGAAGCCCUUGGUCCUAAGGUUCCUUUAAGUACUUUGUCCCUUACCUGAGUCCCUCCCAGAGUAGGUAAUCAGUAGCCCCGCCCCCUGUCAGAAGCCAGGAUCCCGGCCUAGUUACCGAAAUGAGGCACCCCUCCUCCCUCUCCCCACCCUCUCCCCUACCCCUUUUCACAACUGGUUCCUGCUGACUCAGGGGGUCUUCAUUAAAGAAGAGAGGCAGGGUUCCCAGGUCUUGGCAGAGUCCAGGCAGGGAGUCCUUGCCUCCCAGCUCUGCUGCUGAGGCAUUUGUCAUUUGGGAGUGUACACAAUAUGAGGGGCCACCCUUCCCUGCUCUUAGUCUACAUGGGAUUGGCCACCUGCCUGGACACCUUACCUCAUGGAGAGCAAAAUCAAGUUCUUGAUAUCUUCCUGGAUCCCCCGAAGGCCCAGAGUUUCCUAGUUGGCCACAGGCGGAUUCCACGGGCUAACCAUUGGGACCUGGAGUUGCUGACUCCUGGGAACCUGGAACGGGAGUGUCAGGAGGAGAGGUGCUCCUGGGAGGAGGCCCGGGAGUACUUUGAGGACAACACAUUGACGGAACGCUUCUGGGAAAGCUAUGCCUACAAUGGCAAAGGAGGGCGUGGACGAGUAGACGUCGCAGGCCUGGCAGUAGGACUGACCUCUGGGAUCGUGGUCAUCGUUUUGGCUGGCUUGGGAGCCUUUUGGUAUCUGCAUUACCGACGACGGCGCCACCUCAGAGUCCGGGAGUCCUGUCAGCAAGAGGCCGGGCUCAUCACCCCCCUGAGUCCCCCGACGCCCUUGUCUCCACCCUUACCUCCAGGCCUCCCCACCUACGAGCAGGCGCUAGCAGCCUCUGGGGUGCAUGAUGCCCCGCCGCCCCCUUACUCCAGCCUCAGAAGGCCUCACUGAAGACCUGCUCAAGAGCGCGGGCUCCCCGAACUGUGCCCCCGAUGCACGGCGGAUUCCGGAAGUCGCUGGGCCUCUUCGACUCCCCGGCUUCAGUGUGUGCAUGGGGGAGUCAGGGUCGUCGGACCCGAGGUCUACCAUGACACACGUGUUUCCGCCGCGCACGGAUAGAUGGUCCGUGCCCCUGCCUCUCCCCCUCGGAGUGGGCAGGCUCCUUUGAAACUCGGACAAGACGUGACUGGACUGUCGCUCGGCCGGUGUCGCGGAGAGCGCACGGAGAGAAGCAGGCCCGUGCACACGCCCGCCUUCGUGUAUUUAUUCCCCCGCUCCGGCACAUGGGCGGUUCGCAAUCCAGCAUAAAGGUGGAGGGCGCGUUUGCUAAAUCCUGGAAAAGGGGUGUCACGCUUGUGUUGCACCCCGGGAAAUGGAGUUGAGCUGAGCUGCUAUCUACCUAAAAAAAAAAAAAAAGCCCUUUG